CAACAGCGAGGGUGAAGACUUCUACAGCGAGGGUGAAGACAAAGUACAUCAAGUCACAGCAAAACCAUUACAAGUUGUACAGACAGAAGCAGUAGAUAAAUCACCUCAGGACGUCUUUGGAUACCUCGGAGAAAACAUCACAUUGCCCUCAGCAGUCGACUCAUCGUGGAAUCUCACCAGAAUUGAGUGGUCAAUAUUCACCAACAUCACUUUGAUUGCCACUUAUCGCAAUGGGAAAAUAAACACUGAACGUGUCCCUCAGUACACAGGGAGACUCACUCUUAACACAACAUCAGGUGACCUAACAAUUCACAAACUGAAUGAACUUGAUGCCAUUGAAUACACUGUAGAAGUCUUCAACAGUGAGGGUAAACGCAAAACGAAUCAGAUCAAAAUUACGGCAAAACAAAGGCUCCAGCAGCCAUCCAUCCAGAUAGUCACGAGUACAUCUGUAGAAAGUGGCUGUUUAAUGGUGGUGAACUGCUCUUCUCUGGAUGAGGGUGUUAAUCUCUCCUGGGGUGUUGAACCAGUCAGUGUGCUCACCAUCAACAAGAGUCAUCCCAGUGACAGCUCUGCACAGCUUUUUGCAUUUGUCAACACCAAAGAGAACUUUGCCAGUUUUACCUGCAUCUCCAGCAGAGACACAGAGAGUGUUUCAUCCAAACCUGUCACACCAAAGUGUGAGAGUAAGAUCUGUGAUUCAAAUUGUACAACUCCACCUUCACCCACAACAGAGACACAGUACUGUGCUGGAAAAAUUGUUAUUUGGGUCUUUGCCACUUUUGGAAUAUGUGGCAUCAUAUUUUAUAUGAUUUAUCGUUAUCGAGUGCAAUCAUACAGCCCGCAGGGUGACUUGUCAUGUAUAACUCAGACUGUUGUUACUCUGGUACAACGAAGACGAGGAGCGCAAAGAAGAACUGACAAUCCUGGAGAGGCUUUACAAAACCAGGAAGACCAAGUACACCUCCAGAUCCAGGAGGCAACAAGUGAAAAUGAUGUUAGCUCUCGAUGUCCAGCAUCAGCUGUGGCAGUUCAAAGACAGACAGAGGAAGAGCAGAAAAGAAAUCAGAAUGAAGACAGCAACAAAAGAGCAAGUGAGCAAAAAGAAACAAUUCAACACAAGGAGGAGAACAGAGAGCUUGAACAAGAGCAUGAAGAACAAGUUUCAAGAAUGUCACAACAGCCUCAACAAGAAUUCCUGAAUGAGUGCGAAGACAUGACUGAAGACAAAUGGCAGACAACCAUCGUAUUCGAUUGAAUGCAUUCUGACAUAAUCUUCAGGUGAUGGACUCAGUAUAAUGAAUACAUCAGUUAUUUAACUGAUAAAGUUAAAAAUGAAGUGUCAUAACUUAGACAUGCUGAUCGUUACUCACUAUUGUAUAGGUGUUCAGGAUUCUUAAAUUAUCUCAAAUAUAGGUUUGAAGGUAAUUAUGUGUUUUUUCUGCCUUUUUAAAAUAUUUCAUUAUCUCAAAUGUAAAUCUCUCCCUCUCUAUUUUUUGCUAUUACAUGUACAGAUGUAAGCUAUAAUUACAGCAAUCCAGUACUGUCCAGAUUAUUUCAGUUUACACUGUUUUUUUUUUUGUUUUGUUUUUUGUGCUGUGUUCAGUUGUGUUUACUGGUGCUUGGUGCAAAAUCAAAUUGAAUGUUCUUUCUGAAUUAUUUUCCAAAUCAAAAUAAUUUUACCACAUGAAAAUUUGCAUUCUUAUAUGUUAAUUUUAAAUGAGUUCACAUAAACUCAGGUAUAUUUGUUUUGGAUCAUAUAAUAUAAUACAUUUGUAAAUAAAUGCACAACCUUAAAUACCGUAAAUGAGAAACAUCCCUCUAUUUAUAGGUUUGUCGUGUUGGACCAGUGUCAGGACGGUCAAAAUCAUGUAUUAAUUUCUAUUUGAUUCUGUUGGAUUUUCUUUACUUUGAAGUUGUACAUAUGAUGGUAACCGAUCCCCGAAAGUCAGUUGCAAAUUGGUCACAAUGCCUUACUACUUCCAGUUUUAUUACUUUAAUCCUUUAAUUCUGCAAAAUAGAGUUGUGUGUAUAUUGUGUGCUUCACUCCAUGGCACUACAAUGUUGACUCUUACACUAAGUUGGAUCACCAAGUGACAGUGGGAGGAAGACUAGUAGCAGAGCCCUUGAGUAAGCAAGAGUCAUGUCAGUGGGUGUUCAGAAUUCAGGUUGUCACCAGGGCUGGACUGGGACAAAAAAAUCAGCCCGGGCAUUUUGCCUAGAGACCGGCC